AAGUAUUAUUGCUCUGUUGUAAUAUGAAGAAUGGUUGUAACUGUCUAGUUUCCUCUGGGAGUAAGAGACAGGUUGGCCAUUCCCAACCUUUCUGGGUUGAGGAAAUUGGUCAAUAUUAGCAUCAACAGCAUCCUAUAUAUAUAUAACCCUUAAACCCCACUCUUUCAUUACAUCUUGAUUUCCUCUCUCAUUAUUACAAUUCCCUUUUUCCUUUCUUCUCUCUCAUUUUCUUUUCGUUCCCGUCUUCGCCUCAUACCAAUGGCCAAAGACUUUGUUGAAACAUCAAACGCCAAAUUUGUGGGGAAAGUUCUCCUAUUGAUGUUCUAGAGAAUAUAUAAUUUAUUGAAGCUCGGGCACUACUCUAGUGCGUGCUGUGUUGUUGCAUUUCCUCCACAAUGGGUUGUUUUCAUUCCAGAGUUAGAGAAUUCCCAAUGGAAGAUCCAUUUGCUCUUGCGGCAGAGACAACUUUCAGUGUCAGUGACGUUGAAGCAUUAUAUGAGCUUUUUAAGAGUAUCAGCAGGUCCGUCACGGAUGAUGGACUAAUAAGCAAGGAAGAAUUUCAAUUGGCAAUUUUCAAUAAUAAGAAAAAAGAAAAUCUAUUUACAAGUCGGAUCUUUGAUUUGUUUGAUGUCAAAAAGAAAGGAGUGAUUGACUUCGGUGAUUUCGUUAGAGCACUCGAUGUGUUCCACCCAAAUGCACCAAUAGAAGUCAAGAUCGAUUUUUCAUUUAGGCUCUACGAUUUAGACAAUACGGGGUUUAUAGAGCGCCAUGAGGUGAAGCAAAUGAUAAUUGCACUUCUUUGUGAAUGUGAAAUUAAAUUGUCGGAUGAUAUGAUAGAAACUAUUAUUAACAAGACUUUCAUGGAUGCGGAUCCCAAUCAAGAUGGAAAAAUAGACAAAUCUGAGUGGCGAGACUUUGUUUGUCAAAACCCUUCCUUGUUAAAAGUCAUGACACUACCCUACCUGAAGAACAUAACAACUGCUUUCCCAAGCUUUGUGUUUCACACGAAGGUGGAGGACGAAAUUGCUGAAUGAGAGCUUACAUUUUUGGUUAAGCAAUUAAUUAUUGAUAAAAUUGGGAUUGUCUUUUUCUUUUUCAAUGUCUAUUUCAUACAUGAGUGGGGGAACAGCAAUACAUAUAAGAUAAAAUGGUUAACUGAAUAUAUUGUCUUACAUAUUCUCAUUGACACUUAAAAAAAAUUAUCUUGUAAUCUACUA